AUGCAGGAAUGUUUGAAAUUUAUCAACAAACAAGAUAAGUCCAAAACUGAUUUGAUGGCAGUAUCUUAGGCAUUAAAAAAAUGGCCAUAAGAAGCAUAAUAAUUUAGAUAGUAUUGUUUGAACUCUAAGAUCUUCGUUUCCAAUGAAGUCCCCAAACACGUAUACGUUGUAACAAAGGGUGAAUUCGUAUAAGUCAAAUAUGUGAAGUAGCAAUCCAAGAAUCCAUUAUCUUACAUAAGUAAGAUAUUUGCACAGGAACCUCAAAUAUAGAAAUAGCUUCGCACCUUCAAGGUGAUGGACGUGAUCGGAAUGGAUGAAAUUCACAAUGACAAUUACACCUACGAUGUCUUCUGUAAUUCAACCAUCGGAGAAGUCUUUUGCAUCAAGAAAUGCGUUUUUGACAAAAUAGUCCCAAAUCCAACCAUGAAGAAGAAGAACCUUCAGAUAAUGAUUGAAAACAAGCCAUGUCAAAUGAUUGAAAUUCAUUCUGCAAAAGGGGCGACACCAAUUAAUCGAUUACAUCUGGGAGAAAUACCUAGGUAACCUGAGGAAAUCAGUACACAUCGACAUGAGAAGAGAACCAUCGAUUUCACAGCCUUUAACAUGUUGUUCAUUAACCGAUCGUUGAGGAACUAGAGGAACCUCCCCUAAACAAUAGAUUUCUUGGUGAUUGAUUCAGCUUAAAUAUAUAUAUAAUUUUAUUAUCAUUUAUUUCACACAACUCUCUACUACUCAAUUAUCAUAUUCCACAGCUUUUUGAUUCCAGCAAAAUUAUCACCACUGAACUUACAAACUUUAAUAAUUUAUAUUAAUAUAAUAUUAAUAAUGUCUAACCACCGAAAUCUCAAGGACUUAUUUCCAACCAAACUGAAUUUUAUUAAACCCAAACCUGUAAGACAUGAUCCUAAUUACAAUAAGGAAUUCUAAAAUGAUCGUCCCAAACAAAUCAACAAAUCUCCAUUAGGAUUAAGUUAAUUUGCAAGUUUCUUCCAAAUAGCUUAAAAUACCACCAAAAACAGAUAAGCACCUUCCUCUCAGAGAAGUGCAACCCCAAAUAAAAUUAAAAUCAUUUAAUUGAAUAUGCAAAAAUAAAAUGAAUCGCACCUACAAAUUCAAUCCAAGCAUCUAAGGAAUUAGAGUGCAACAAACAUUAAUAGCAGUAGAAACAAUUCAUUUCAUAAAGAGAAUUCUCGUGGUUCUAUGUUCGCAUUAUCCAAAUUAAUGUCAUAACAUCAUCAAUAAGAUUCUUAAAUACAAUCACAGAAUAGAUCCAAAGAUCACUCCCCUAUCAAACCAGCCAUUUUCGAGAACCUAGACAUCAUCAACAGAAACACAGCUCGUAAGAAUUCUCGAUCACCAAAUACUUCAACAAAAAUCAUAUCGCCAUUUGUCUAUCCAAAAUUUUCCAGCGCUCAUCAAAUUCAACCCCCAGACAAUUUUAUCAACUACUCCAACAGUCUAGUUAAAGAAAACAAGCCUGUUGAAAAAGUGUCUCUACACAUAAAUGAAGCGCCUUAAGUUCAUAAGUAGGAAUUCUUAAUGCCCAGCUAAUUUAAGUACUCUAAAGGCUUUGAGAAUCUAUUGAACUCAAUGAUGAAUUAUUAACAUAACUCUAGAUAUGAGAAUUCCAAGAGCAUAGUCAAACAACAAGAAAAACAAGAGUCAAGCGAUGACGAUGAUUAAAGCUUAAUGGUAGAUUGCAAUAUUCAAGUAAACAAGAAUAAUUUUCAAUUUCAUUAUGUGAUUGGUAAGGGCGGGUUUGGAAAGGUUUGGAAAGUUGAAAUAAAGAAAUCAAGACAAUUGUAUGCAAUGAAGGAAAUGUCAAAAGCAAAAGUAAUAGCCAAAAGAAGUGUCAAUUCAGUAAUGAAUGAAAGGAAUCUCUUGGCCUAAUUUAAACAUCCCUUUUUAAUUAACAUGAAUUAUUGUUUUCAAGAUAGAGACAACUUAUAUCUGGUGAUGGAUUUAUUAACUGGAGGAGAUCUCAGAUAUCACAUUGGUAAAAUGAGAAGGUUUAAAGAACACCAAACCAAGUUCUUUGUAGCUUGUGUUCUAUUGUCAUUAGAAUACUUGCACAACAACAACAUUAUACAUCGAGAUCUUAAACCAGAAAAUUUGGUUUUGGAUAAAUAUGGAUACGUCAGACUAACAGAUCUAGGAAUUGCCAGGAUCUGGAAACCUGAGAAUUCACAAGAUACUAGUGGCACUCCAGGAUACAUGGCUCCUGAGGUCAUGUGCAGAUAGAACCAUACAAUAGCUGUGGAUUACUUUGCUCUUGGGGUCAUGGGUUAUGAAUUUAUGUUAGGAAGGAGACCUUAUAAUGGAAGGUCGAGAUAGGAAAUUCGAGACCAAGUCCUCACUAGAUAGGUCUAGAUCAAAAAGUCUGAGGUUCCAAAUGAUUGGUCAUUUGAAGGUGCUGAUUUUAUAAACAAAUUAAUAUAAAGAAAACCAAUAAAUAGACUUGGUUUUAAAGGGCCAGAUGAAGUCAAAAAUCAUCCUUGGCUUAGAAAUUUUCCUUGGUAAAAACUCUUGAAUAAAGAAAUCUAAUCUCCAUAUAUCCCAAGUGAAAUUGAUGACAAUAUUGAAUAUUUAAAUUAAAUUAGUGAGGAUAACGAAAGCCAAGAUGAUUUGAUCAGAGAAAAUAAACUCUUAUUGAAGAAAAACUCCGUUUAGAAUCUAUUUAAUGGAUAUAGUUAUGAAAAAAAUCUCUCAAAAAAUACAAAAAGCACUUCUAGUACAUUUUUUAUAGGAUGA